AUGGAUAAGAAAAGAAGUAAACUAUGGGGUUUUUUUACGCAGACUAAAGACGAUAAGGCAAAAUGUGAUCUUUGUCAUUCGUUGUAUUCAGUGAAAGGCGGCUCUACUACAAAUUUGAAAAAGCAUCUCAUGAAGAAACACAGAUCAUCUUAUGAAAUCAUCAUUCCAUGCUCUAUGUCAGAUGAAGCAGUUCUGGAAGCUCCUAUACCAUCAACUUCAGCAAGUACAGAAUCUACUAAUCCUGUAAUUAAAAAAAGUGAAACCAUUUCGCAGCAGACUAAGUUAAGUGCCUUUAUUAAACGUCCAGUAGGUGUAGUAAGAGAAAAAAAAAUUAAUGAUUUAAUUUUUAAAAUGAUAGUUAAAUACCUUCAGCCUUUUUCUGUAAUUGAAGACGCGGGUUUUAAAGAUCUUAUAAAUUACUUAGAACCAGGUUACAAAAUGCCUUCAAGGUACAUAUUAAGCAAUACUUUAUUGGAUGCUCAAUACUCAGACGUCCAAAAAAAAUUAAAAGAAGAAUUGGAGAGCGCAAAAUAUGUAUCGAUCACCACCGAUGGCUGGACUUCGAGAGCAACAACUUCUUACCAAGCUGUAACAGCCCAUUAUUUAUUAAAUUGGGAGUUGAAGUCUGCUUUAUUAGGAUGUUUUGAAUGUCAUGAGCGACACACGGCCGAAUAUAUUAAAAAUGAGCUGUAUAGUUUGCUCUUGCAUUGGAGCAUACAAAAUAAAAUAUUUGUCUGCGUUACAGAUAACGCAGCAAACAUGAAGGCGGCUAUACGAUUAACAACUUAUGAACAUUUACCGUGUAUCGCUCACACUGUUAAUUUAGUCGUGCGUGCAGGACUCCAGGACUGCGGACUCGGGGAGCUGAUAAAAAAAAUAAAAGCCAUUGUGGAACAUUUCCACAAGAGUUCAAUAGCUAAUAAAAAACUAUUUGCAAUGCAGGAGCAGCUGAGGCCUAAUCAGAAACCAUUGAAGCUAAAAAUGGACGUAGUGACCAGAUGGAACAGUACCCUGGAUAUGAUUGAGAGGGUUUGUUUACUUCAAGAACCUUUAGAAGCAUCUCUUGGAAUCCUACACAAUCCGGUAGAAAAUCUUUCGGAAGGCGAAUGGCAGACACUGCCAGAAAUAAUAAAAAUUUUGAAGCCAUUCAAGCAACUCACUGAAGAAAUGUCUUCAGAAAAAAACGUGACUGUUUCAAUGGUCCUGGCUUCGACAGAAAGUAUAAUUAGAAUUUUUCACAGUUUAGAUACAAAUAUUAUUACAGAUACAGGAAAGAAAUUGGCAAAUAAAAUAAUAACGGAAUUUAAAAGUAGAUUCAAGAAUUGUUACAGGCACCCAGUGUUAUCUAAAGCAGCACUGUUAGAUCCGCGUUUUAAGAAGCUGGCAUUUAGGUUUGAUGCAUCAAGUUAUGAGUCUGCCAAAGAUGCAUUGAAAACUGAACUGCAAAAUGAGUUUAACUUUCAUAAGCAGUCGAUAGAACCUAACGAGAACGAAUCGACGUUAGCUAUAUCUACUGGCGACACUGACGCUGAUAACGACUCAAUAUGGAAAGAUUUUGACUCUUUAGCAAUGUCAGCGUCUGCUUCGAACUCUAUAGUUAGCAGCAGCAUAAUUACCAUGAGGCAAUAUCUAGAAGAACGCAUUAUUCCUCGAAAUGAGUGUCCUUUAAAAUGGUGGCAGGCGCGGGCAAUUCUAUACCCCGAACUCUCAAACUUGGCUGAGAAAUAUUUAUCGGUGAUGGCUACCUCAGUACCAUCGGAAAGGACUUUUUCCAAAUCGGGCCAAAUAUUAAGUGAGAGGCGCAGCUCUAUUCAACCAAAGCGAAUGGAAAAGAUUUUAUUUUUAAAUAUGAAUCAGAGGUUCCUGCCAUAA